CGCAACCUCUGUGCCAACGUCAAGGCACACACACCGUGCGCGCUGGAGGCAGAGCGCUGUGGGAGGGGAGGACGGACGAGCCGCGCAUCCGCAUCACCGAGGAGAGGGGUGGCGCGGUGGCAACUGCCUGCAGGAAUCCAGUUGUAAAGUCCACACACGAGGCGAAAAAAAUGCGCUGAGGGUAGAAAUCUGUCUGGAUCUCGGUUGCUGAGCAAAGACUACCGCACUGAGACACCUGAAGGAGAGAGAGAAGAAGAAAAGAGAGAAAAACGCUCCGGACAAGUUGUGAUUUCAGAAGAAAUCCGACUGGAGAUGAAUACCAACGAUGCCAAGGAGUAUCUCGCACGGCGGGAGAUACCUCAACUAUUUGAGAGCCUGCUGACAGGUUUGAUGUACUACCGGCCCGAUGACCCCAUCGACUACUUGGAGGGCUGUCUGAAGAAAGUCAGGGAGCUCGGAGGAACAGACAAGGUGCGAUGGGACACCUUUGUGGGCCAGGAAAAGAAGUCCCUUCCCCCUCUCAACGGGGGCCAAUCACGCAGGUCCCUCUUCAGAAAUGUGUUGCCCGACAGUCCCAAUUUUCCCUACAGACGGUACGACCGCCUCCCUCCCAUCAGCCAGUUCUCCAUCGAGAGCGACUCAGACCUGUCAGAGACGGCGGAGCUCAUAGAGGAGUACGAGGUGUUCGACCCGUCGAGACCACGACCCAAAGUCAUCCUCGUCAUCGGUGGCCCUGGCAGCGGCAAAGGAACACAGUGCCUGAAGAUUGCCGAGCGCUACGGCUUCCAGUACGUGUCCGUGGGCGAGCUGCUGAGGAAGAAGAUGAUCCACAACGCCACCAGCAACAGAAAGUGGAGCCUGAUCGCUAAAAUCAUCACCAACGGAGAGCUGGCACCACAGGAGACCACAAUAACUGAGAUUAAGCAGAAGAUUAUGAAGAUCCCAGAUGCUAACGGCAUCGUCAUAGAUGGGUUCCCACGAGACGUCGGACAGGCCCUGUCCUUCGAGGACCAGAUCUGCACUCCUGACCUGGUGGUGUUCCUGGCCUGCACCAACCACCGUUUGAAGGAGAGGCUGCAGAAGCGAGCUGAGCAGCAGGGACGACCCGACGACAACCCCAAGGCCAUCGACCGCCGCCUGACCAACUUCAAACAAAACACCAUUCCUCUGGUCAAGUACUUCCAGGAGAGGGGCCUUAUUGUUACGUUGGACGCUGACCGAGAUGAAGAGGAGGUUUUCUGUGACAUCAGCAUGACUUUGGACAACAAGCUGUUUCCCUCCAAAGAGCCUGCGGCCGGUCCCAGUGAGUUGGACCUCAGUCUACUGGGUGAAACCAGCAGCCUGGCAGAUGCAGCUUGCAAAUACGAUGAGGUUGAAGAGGAGGAAGAACUUGGGUACGCUGAAGGAGCUGCAGAAAGUUAUAGUACAGAACAGAGGAAACCAAAGGUCAUCUUCAUGAUGGGAGGUCCAGGCUCAGGGAAGGCUCUCCAGUGUGAGCGGAUGGAGGACAGGUUUGGCCUGCGUCGCAUCACUCUGGGUGAUCUGCUCUGCAGCGAGCUGCAGUCUCACAGCGACAGAGGGCGCCACCUGCGGGACGUCCUGGAGAGAGGAGAGCAGCUGCCUGAGGACACACUGCUGGAGCUGCUCUGCGAUGCGGUGGCGUCGUCCGUUCGACAGGGGAAAGGCCUGGUGAUCAGCAACUUCCCCACAGACCUGAGACAGGCCGAGGAGUACGAGGCCAAGAUGGGUGAACCCAGUGCAGUUCUCCUGCUGAACUGUUCACCUGACACCAUGUCCAGUCGUGUGCAGUGCCGUGGCAGAUCCAGCUCCAGCUCCAGUUUCCAUCCUGGCACAGACAGAGACGGCGCCGUGCACAGGAGGGCUGAGAGUUUCUGUAACAACAGCCAGGCGGUGGCAGCCCACUACGAACGCAAGAGGCUCCUGCACACGAUCGACGCCGAGAGGUCGCCGGAGGAAGUGUUCGCCCAGAUCUGCCAGGCGAUGGAGUCCUGUUCCACCUUCUGAUUUCUACUGUUCUCCUCAUCCACACCUCCUUAUUUAACUCUGCUGUCUGGGACCUUCUCUUUCUCCCCGCCAUAUCACUCCGAGAGGACUCACCCACGCGACCUCACGCCUGCACCAGACCAUACGCUCAUCGAACUCCAGUGGUAUGCAUGUCCCACCUGAUGUUUUAGAAACACUCCCCCAGCAAGCAAAUCAGUGAAGCCUCUCUCUGCUUUUGACACUGACGAAGCGCCUGGUUGUCACAUUCUGCUUCACCCUUCUUGCAUUGUCUCUCUCUCUCUUUUACAUCGACCUCAAUAUAUGCUGCCAACUGCCGGAUCGAGGCAGAUAAACGUACUGAGAAAAUAGCAAUCCCUGCUGUGACUGAGAGCAUGUUUCUCUGGUUGAAUAUGAAAUCUCUCUGCCGUUCCCGCCCCCACCACCCCGUCCCCUGAAGGAGCCGAUAGAGAGGGUUCCCCGCCAUGCCAGAAAGUGAAAAUGUCAGCGUGUGUUCAUGCACAGCGACAUGCUUUACAAUGUAACAAGCAUGCAAGAAUUACAAUAAAGCUUAACUGCCUUUUGUGCAUUAAAUAAAAACAGCAGAGUAUUAAAAGAGUAUUAAAGAAAUAUCGCAUUUGUAUGUUUCCAAGCUCAUCGUACAAGUGCUUGUUUGAGUCUGGUAUUUAACAUUCAAUAAAGACAGUGCAUUUGCUAAAUGGA